UGCUUUAUUGUCGAGAAGAAGAUAGGAAGCGGUUCUUUCGGUGAUGUCUUCAAAGUGAAGAGUCGAGAGGACGGCAAGUAUUACGCCAUAAAGAAGUCACGCGAGAGGUUCAAAGGGAAGUCAGACCGCGAGAGGAAGUUGGAAGAGGUGUGUAAACACGAACAGCUGCCCAAACACCCGAACUGUGUGCGACUGUUCCGGGCCUGGGAGGAGAAGCAACACCUGUACAUACAGACCGAGUUGUGUGAGACCAGUCUCAGCGACUUCGCAGAUGUCAAUCACGACAUUCCCGAACCCAUUGUCUGCAAUUAUUUGGUUGAUUUGCUCAAAGCUGUUCAGCACCUCCACGAUCACCACUUAAUACAUCUCGACAUUAAACCCGAUAAUAUAUUCCUCUCGAGGCAUGGUCUCUGCAAAUUGGGAGACUUUGGACUCGUUCUCGACGUUAAUAAAAAUGACACGAACGAAGCCACAGAAGGAGACCCCAAAUAUUUAGCCAAAGAGCUAAUGUCGGGUCAGUUCACAAAAGCUGCCGAUAUAUUCAGUUUAGGCAUAACUAUA